AGCACGGUCCCUGCUGAGGUCAAAAGACUGCAUCUUUGCAUUAACCAGAUUCUGGUGGUUUUUCUGCAGUUAACGGCUAGUUAACGGCUAGCCAGCAGGGACAGUGAGAGGCCGUUGAUGGACCAGCCUGGUGAAGAGGCGGGGUUAGAAUGGGACAGAGCACCUCGGAACAAGAGGGCCAAGAACAUGCAAAUGCCUCUCUGGACGAAGGGUUUAACAACAUCAAGGCGUUUGUGGAGGAAGAGCUACAGACUAGCAUGAUGAUGGGGAUGGUGAUUGGUGCGGGCAUCGCCAUAAUCCUCAUCGCCAUCCUCAUCUUCUUCAUGCUGCGGAGGAUCCAGCUCAGAAACCUGCAAGCCCAGGAGGCCCCCAAGUAUAGAUUCCGCAAGCGGGACAAGGUCAUGUUCUAUGGGCGAAAGAUCAUGCGCAAGGUGUCCCAGUCCACUUCUUCCCUGGUGGGCACAGCCUCCUCCACACGCCCACGACUCAAAAAGAAGCAGAAAAUGCUCAACAUUGCCAAAAAGAUUCUGCGUUUUAAGAAGGAGGUGCCCACCCUGGUAGCUAAGGAGCCUCCUCCCUCAGUGCUGGAGGCCGACCUUACAGAGUUUGACGUGGCCAACUCCCACCUGCCCUCCGAGGUGCUCUACAUGCUCAAGAACGUCCGUGUGCUGGGCCACUUUGAGAAGCCUCUGUUCCUGGAGCUGUGUAAACACAUGGUGUUCCUGCAGUUUCAACAGGGAGAGUACGUCUUCAGACCGGGCCAGCCUGACAGCAGCAUCUACGUGGUGCAGGACGGAAAACUAGAACUGUGCCUUACUGGAAUGGACGGCAAGGACGGUGUGGUGAAGGAGGUGUACCCCGGAGACAGUGUCCACAGCCUCCUCAGCAUCCUGGACGUCAUCACCGGACACCAGAAGCCGUACAGGACGGUGUCGGCGCGGGCGGCUGAGGUGUCCACUGUACUGCGUCUACCCGUCGAGGCCUUCCUCUCCAUCUUCGAGAAGUACCCUGAGAGCCUGGUGCGGGUGGUCCAGAUCAUCAUGGUUCGUCUCCAAAGAGUAACCGUUCUGGCGCUGCACAACUACCUAGGGCUCACCAAUGAGCUCUUUAGCCAUGAGAUGCAGCUCCUGCGCCUGCUGCCCCUGUCCCCCCAUCCCGUGCCCCGCACCAGCCCCCAGCGCCACGGCAAGCGUUUCAGUAGCCUGACCGUGCCCGCGGAGGACCGCGAGGCCGCCGUGAAGGACGCACCAGAUCCUGGGAAGGAUGGAGCCACAGUCCCACCAACCCUCAGCAGGACCAUCUCCAUGCCUGUAGACAUCGCCGGCAUGCAGAAGAAUCUGCGGUCUGAUUUCGAUAUGGCCUACGAGAGGGGACGGAUCUCAGUUUCCGCUGAGGACGGCAACACACCACCCACCUAUUCACGGGACCAGCGGGAGAGGAGGGUGACCGUAGACGAGGUGCCGUCGGGGGUGUACCUGUACCCCGAGGAGGAGGGGGGUCCGGACAACCAGUUCUCACCAGGACCAGGACCCGUCCCCGGUCGCCCCAGCCCUGCCCUGUUCGAGGAGGCCCUGAAGGAGCUCCUCAAACUCAUGAGGAUAGAGGACCCCACUCUGCUGAAUGGGAGAGUGACUCUGCACCACGCCAAGGCAGGAACUGUGCUGGCUAGACAAGGAGACCAGGAUGUGAGUCUCCACUUUGUCCUGUCUGGCUGCCUCCACGUGUACCAGCGGAUGAUCGACAAGCAGGAUGCGGUGUGUCUGUUUGUCACCCAGCCGGGUGAGAUGGUGGGCCAGCUGGCUGUGUUGACUGGAGAACCCCUCAUCUUCACCAUCAAGGCCAACAGAGACUGCACCUUCCUCAAGAUCUCCAAGUCUGACUUCUACGAGAUCAUGAGGGAACAGCCCAGUGUGGUUCUGAGUGCAGCCCACACCGUAGCCAUCCGAAUGUCCCCCUUCGUCAGACAGAUGGACUUCGCCAUAGACUGGAUGGCUGUGGAGGCCGGCAGAGCCCUCUAUAGGCAGGAAGACCAGUCGGACUGCACCUACAUAGUUCUGAACGGACGUCUGCGUUCUGUUAUACGUAAAGCUAACGGGAAGAAGGAGCUGGUAGGAGAGUACGGUCGAGGAGACCUCAUAGGAGUGGUUGAGGCUCUGACCCGACAGCCCAGAGCCACCACGGUCCACGCGGUCAGAGACACAGAGCUGGUCAAGCUCCCAGAGGGAACGCUCAACAACAUCAAGAGGAGGUACCCACAGGUGGUCACCAGGUUGAUCCACCUGCUGGGACAGAAGAUCCUGGGGAACCUGCAACAGGCCCGAGGACCAUUCUCAGGUUCUGCCCUCGGCCUGUCCAGCGUAGCGUCCAGCCCUGACGUCACCAACCCGGCCAGUAACCUGUCCACUGUGGCCGUACUGCCCAUCUGUGACGAGGUGCCAAUCAACGCCUUCAACCUGGAGCUCAGCCACGCCCUCAGCGCCAUAGGACCUACCCUGCUGCUGACCAGUGACAUAAUCAGAGAGCGACUGGGGGCCUCCGCUCUGGAUAGUAUCCACGAGUACCGUCUGUCUGGCUGGCUGGCCCAGCAGGAGGACAUCAACAGGAUAGUCCUGUACCAGACAGACAGCAGUAUGACUCCCUGGACCCAGCGCUGCAUCAGACAGGCUGACUGCAUCCUCAUCGUGGGCCUGGGGGAACAGGAACCUGCACUGGGACAGUUAGAGCAGAUGUUGGAGAACACUGCGGUGAGGGCUCUGAAACAGCUUGUGCUGCUCCAUAAAGAGGACGGCUCGGGGCCCUCCAGGACCGUAGAGUGGCUCAACAUGAGGAGCUGGUGCUCCGGACACCUCCACCUCCGCUGCCCCCGCCGGGUCUUCUCACGGCGCAGCCCCUCAAAACUGAGGGAGGUGUAUGAGAAGGUGUGUGAGAAGACAGCGGACAGACACAGUGAUUUCUCUCGGCUGGCCCGGGUACUGACUGGGAACAGCAUCGCUCUGGUGCUGGGAGGAGGAGGUGCCAGAGGCUGCUCCCACGUGGGAGUGAUCAAGGCCAUGGAGGAGGCAGGGAUUCCCAUCGACAUCGUGGGCGGGACGUCCAUCGGGUCGUUCAUCGGGGCGCUGUACGCCGAGGAGAGGAGUGCGGUGCGCACCAAGCAGAGAGCCCGCGAGUGGUCCAAGGCGAUGAACUCCGUAUUCAAAACCAUCCUUGACCUGACCUAUCCCAUCACCUCAAUGUUCACCGGUGCCGCCUUCAACACCAGCAUCUCCAAAGUGUUCCAGGACAAGCAGGCUGAGGACCUGUGGUUGCCCUACUUCAACGUGACUACUGACAUCACGGCGUCCGCCAUGCGUGUGCACCAAGACGGCUCGCUGUGGCGCUAUGUUAGAGCGAGUGCCUCCUACACCCCCUAUUUACCUCCCCUCUGCGACCCCAAGGAUGGCCACCUGCUUGUGGAUGGUUGCUAUGUUAACAAUGUCCCAGGGUCACUGUGGCGCUAUGUGAGGGCGAGCAUGACCCUCUCAGGGUACCUGCCGCCCCUCUGCGACCCCAAAGAUGGCAACUUGCUUAUGGACGGGGGCUACAUCAACAACCUGCCAGCGGACAUCGCAAGGAACAUGGGCGCCAAGACUGUCAUCGCCAUCGACGUAGGUAGCCAGGACGAGACGGACCUCUGUAACUACGGCGACAGCCUGUCGGGCUGGUGGUUGCUGUGGAAACGGAUCAACCCCUGGGCAGAGAAAGUGAAGGUUCCAGACAUGGCAGAGAUCCAGUCCAGGCUGGCCUAUGUGUCGUGUGUACGUCAGCUGGAAGUGGUGAAGAAGAGUGCCUACUGCGAGUACAUCAGACCACCCAUCGACCGCUUCAAGACAAUGGACUUCGGCAAGUUUGAUGAGAUCUACGAUGUGGGCUACCAGCACGGCAAGCUGCUCUUUACCGGAUGGGCCCGUGGUGACAUCAUCGACAACAUGCUCAAGGACCACCGCUCGGCAGACUACAACGACAGCAAGACCAAGACGGACUCCUGUACGUGUCCAGGUUCAGACUUCACUGACCUGGCUGAGAUCGUGUCCAGGAUUGAGCCGGUCCAGACCUACGUCGAUCCCGACGCUGAUGCUGCUGAGGCGGGGGAUGAGUCGGACUGCCUGACGGAGUAUGAGGAGGAUGGGAUGGACACGGUGAGAGAAGAAGAGGAGGAGGAAGAGGAGGAGGAGGAGGAGGAGGAAGAGGGGGAACAGGAACUCGAUGACCUCUCCCCCGGAGAGUGGGGCCAGAACGGAGUCUUCCAGGCAGAUGAGGAGAAGUCAGUCCGCCAGCGGAGGAAAACAGAAGGUGACUCCAACACCUACUCCGAGCUCUCCGACUGCUGACAGGAGGAGAGGAAAAAUGAAAAAGAGACGGGCUCUGGGUCCAAAAACUAAGAGGUGGAAGAUGAGAGUUGGAUGUCGGGCAAUUUCUGCAGCUACUGUAGCUUAAAUACUUAUUUUUUUCCUCAACCCUAAUCUACCACGCUUGAUUCUAAUAAUUAGCUGGUUUAUCAAAGAAAUCAGGUUAGUUACAUCAAGGAGGAGAGCUCUCCAGGAACAGUGAUGGAGAGCCCCACUCUAACCCCUGACCCUUAACCCGGAAGCCCUUGGACCAUGAAUGGACCCUCUCCAAUCUGAAGAUGGACUCGACUGGGACCCCACCACUCUGUUUCCCUCCCACCACUCCACUCCUGCCAAAGCUGAAAUACUUUUAUUGGGGUGACUAAAGUGUGUCCCUCAUACCACAGGGAACACAUUAGUACUUGGUUGAAGUUAAACACCUAGUCUCUUUAAAGCUUUCAGCUCCAAUGCUUUGGCCCUUUUCAGACUGUCUGUCUGCAUGUCAUGUCUGUCCCUAAUCAGGAGAGAUUAUCAUUGAUGGUACACUGUUCUCUGUUCAGACACACAUGGGUAUUACGUGGAUGGAAGUUGGAGAGAGGUGUGUGUGUGUGUGUGUGUCAUUACGAUUUAUUUGCUAGUAGUAGUAUUGAUGUUGAAUGGAGAGAGAGAUGUAAAAGACUGCUAAAGAAAUGAGAGGUACAAAACCGCUGCUGCGCACAAACGGUAGAAACUGAUGUAUACUGAACAAAAAAUAUAAAGACAACAUGCAACAAUUUCAAAAGUGUUAGGGAGUUAGUUCAUAUGGAAAUCCGUUAAUUGAAAUUCAUUAGGCCUUAAUCUAAGGAUGUCACAUGACUGGCCAGGGGAGCAGGAUGUUCAGGUCCUUGACUGGCGUGGUCUGCGGUUGUGAGGCCGGUUGGACGUACUGCCAAAUUCACAAAAACAUUAGUGGCGGCUUAUGGUACAGAAAUGAACAUUUUAAAUUCUCUGGCAACAGCGCUGGUGGACAUUCCUGCAGUCAGCAUGCCAAUUGCACACACCCUCAAAACGUGAUACAUCUGAGGCAUUGUGUUUUGUAAUAAAACUGCACAUUUUACUGGCCUUUUAUUGUCCUCUGCACAAGGUGCACCUGUGUAAUGAUCAUGCUUUUUAAUCAGCUACUUGAUAUGCCACACCUAUCAGGUGGAUGGAUUAUCUUGGCAAAGGAGAAAUGCUCACUAAAAUACAUUUUGCACAAAAUUUGAGAGGCUUUCUGUGCGUAUUAAGAAUGUCUGGGAUAUUUUAUUUCAGCUCAUGAAACAUGGGACCAACACUUUACAUGUUGCAUUUUAUAUUUUUGUUCAGUGUACAUUAUUGGAUGUUGAAGUAGGGAGGUGAAAAUGUGUAGAGGAGAGGUGUGUGUCAAUGGUUUCCACCAUGCUUGCUACUACUGUAUGCUGCUUGUUUCAAGCAGAGGAUAACAAUGCCUUUUCAACCUGAAUUUAACCCUUUAAAAAACGAUGGAGGGGAGACUUUGCCAAUGGACCUUUUAGUAUAGAAACCCCCCUCUCCCUACUUGCCUAAUGCUUGCAUGGGGUCCUGUGUACUCCCUAACCAACAAGUGUCAAACUCAUUCCACGAAGACCAAGUGUCUGUGGGUUUUCGCUCCUUCCUUUUACUUGAUGAAUUAAGGUCACUAAUUAGUAAAGAACUCCCUUCACUUGGUUGUCUAGGUCUUAAUUGAAAGGAAAAAAACAAAAACCUGCAGAACCUAGGCCCUCCAUGGAUUGAGUUUGACACCCCUGCCCUCAAAUGGUCACAGAAUAAUUCAGUCUAAUCUUAGUAAUAACUAUAUAGACAUGAUACAUACUUUACACCUGUUAAUACUCAAAUGAUUUAUUAUAUACAUAUUUAUAUGUUUUUCUGCUGCAAAACUUGGGACUCUUUUCGCCUGAGAGAAGUCCUUCCUAAAUCCAUUCAAAUGUGCACUGAAUGUUUUUUGUUUGUUGCCAAUUUAGUUUUAUUUAUUUGUUUUGCUUUACCACUGGCUUUUUUUAAAGCCUUUUUUUAUCACUGAACAAAAAGGAGGGAAAAAACCCUAAUGGAAAAUUCUAAUUACGGACAUGAAUAAUGAACUGUACUGUCCUUUCUUAUAAGCUUGGGUUUUGCUAUUUUGCACUGAUGAAUAUAAAGAAUAAUUCCUUGGUUGGAAAGGAGGUUUGUUUUAUUUGCAUCUUGCUUAAGAUGCCCUAUGGAGACAGGAUGGUAUGGGAUGUCAUUUCAAUUUAAAGAAAUGUUAAGAAAUGCAUACUGAAUAAUAAAUCUAAAUUAUAAUGCAAA